GCAUCUACGACGUUUGCAUUUUCUAGAAUGUAACCAGCCUUCCGCGUACGUGACUUGCGUGUUAGUAUAACAGCCUGACCGACAGAGGCGGUGCCUUACAACAUUCAAGUGCAUUCGGUCUGGCGAGUUCUUCGUUCUGGCAAUGAUAGCAAGAUAACGUCGGUAUUUUAACAGCAAUCGAAUCUGGUUAGCUGUUUUGACAUAGAAAGAGGAAUAAAUUCCGAGAGAACAAAGUACGACGUGUUAGCGUAAUUGUUUAUACGAGUGCCGGGUGACGAUAUAUAGUGAAAUCAGCAUGAAUUCAGCGAUGACAAGCAGAAUGAAGCUAACCUUGGCCUACGUCCUGCGAGCGUCCAGGACUGCGUGCGGGACGCUUCCUGCUUCUGUACACUUGCAGCGCAAUUCUUACGGCAGACAAGACUGUAUGAAAACAGGCACUAAACACUAUUGCUCAGCAAUGGAUAAAGGAAAAGGAUUAAUAUUCAGACAGCUAUUUGAAGCUACCAGCAGUACCUACACAUACCUGUUGGGUGACUUAGAGUCCAGAGAGGCAGUUCUCAUUGAUCCUGUGUUUGAGACAGUGGACAGAGAUGUGAAACUGAUCGAGGAAUUAAGUCUGAGUCUAAAAGUGGCUGUCAACACCCACUGCCAUGCAGAUCAUGUCACUGGCACUGGUAGUCUGAAAAAGAAGCUUUUUGGGUGUAAGAGCGCCAUCUCUCUGCACAGUGGAGCCAUGGCUGACAUCCAGCUCUCAGAGGGAGACUACAUCACCUUUGGGAAACAUAGUCUGGUUGUACGAGAAACCCCAGGACAUACAGAUGGAUGUGUGACGCUUGUCCUGGAUGACCAAUCCAUGGCUUUCACUGGGGAUGCCUUGCUAAUCAGGGGCUGUGGCAGGACUGACUUCCAGCAGGGCUGUCCCCAAAAACUUUACCAGUCAGUCCAUCAGAAGAUCUUCACCUUACCUGCUCACUGUCUCAUUUAUCCUGCUCAUGACUACAAAGGUCAGAUGGUGUCUACUGUGGAUGAGGAAAAGAAAUUUAACCCACGGUUGACUAAAACACUGGAGGAAUUUGUAGAAAUUAUGGAUAAUCUCAAUUUGCCCAAGCCUGGAAAAAUAGACAUAGCAGUACCUGCCAACCUGGUGUGUGGACUUCAUGACAUUUGAAUUUAAAAAACAAUGGAGGCAUCUCAAAGGAAUCAGAAAAUUACACAUAUGCCGACUGAACAUAAUGAUUUGUCUUGCUCUACUUAUCUGAUUUUUGGUUAAAAUGCCAAACAAAAAUGCCAAUAGAUCAUUUUGAUGUAAUAAAGUAAUAUCAUUGUAAACCAGUUUUUUAAUUGAGCAGUUAAAUGGUAUUGUGCUUACAAGCAUGCAAAUUGUGUAUUAAAUACUAUGUACAAUAUGAUAGACAAUUAUUUUACUGCCUUUAAUGCCAAUAAGAAUUCAUACCUGUAUUAUAUGCUAAAAAUUCAAAUGGAAUUAUAAUUGUUACCUUUAA